AUGUGGGAACUGCGGUCAGCCUCCUUCUGGAGGGCCAUAUCUGCUGAGUUCUUUGCCACCCUCUUCUAUGUCUUCUUCGGGCUAGGGGCCUCACUGCGUUGGGCCCCUGGACCACUGCAUAUCUUGCAGGUGGCUUUGGCCUUUGGCCUGGCCCUGGCUACACUGGUGCAGGCUGUGGGCCACAUCAGUGGAGCCCAUGUCAAUCCUGCAGUCACUUUCGCCUUCCUUGUGGGCUCCCAGAUGUCCCUGCUCCGUGCCUUCUGCUACAUGGCAGCCCAACUCCUGGGAGCCGUGGCUGGGGCUGCCGUGCUGUACAGUGUUACCCCGACUGCCGUCCGAGGAAACCUAGCACUUAACACGUUGCACCCUGGGGUGAGUGUGGGCCAGGCCACCAUAGUGGAGAUCUUCCUGACGCUCCAGUUCGUGCUCUGCAUCUUUGCCACAUACGACGAGAGGCGGAAUGGCCGCCUGGGCUCCGUGGCCCUGGCCGUUGGCUUCUCCCUCACCCUGGGGCACCUCUUUGGGAUGUAUUAUACUGGUGCAGGCAUGAACCCUGCCCGCUCCUUUGCUCCUGCCAUUCUUACCAGAAACUUCACCAACCACUGGGUGUACUGGGUGGGCCCAAUCAUUGGAGCAGGCCUGGGCAGUCUCCUUUAUGACUUUCUCCUCUUCCCCCGGCUCAAGAGUGUUUCUGAGAGACUGUCUAUUCUCAAGGGUGCCAGGCCCAGUGAAUCCAAUGGACAACCAGAGGGCACAGGGGAACCUGUUGAACUGAAGACCCAGGCCCUGUAA